CGCGUUCUCAAACCUCUUCGAGAGUCAUGCAAUGCAUACUUGCCAGGGCUUCGGCAGCAGUUUCAGCAGAUAUUCACUGUCGUCCUCUGCGCGACUCUGCUCUGGCUUCGUGCAUGCAUGCCGUGGAUCGAACUGAUCAGAGCUGCUUGUGGUGGUGGUGGUGGUGGGGGAAGAGAGAGCAUGUAAUCGAAAGGAUCGAUGCGGUGGAGUGGGCGGAAACAGCAGCACAGGAGCCAAGGGAUUGGAGGCGAAGACAGCGGCUUCUCAUCGCCUAAUCGCGGUCCUCUGAAAUUAAGUUAAGCCGUGUAGCUAGCAGCGUACGGACCACUCCCUCCCUCCUCCCAACGCCCUCCUCCCUCCUCCGCCUUCCACUUCCAUGGCUCAGCUUUUGAAUUCAAUCCGUACAGACCGAGACAACGACGUCGAAUAUGUUCGGCUAUUUUUUUUUUCUACCGCGCAUCCCGAGACCACUUCCCCCUCUUCUUGUUCUGCCUUCUAUAAAUCCUCCUCCGACCUUCUUGCGGCUUUGUUCAAUUCGAUCGUCCUUGAUGUGUGGUUGAUUUAGCUACUUGGGGAGUGAAAGAUCAAGCUUUCGUUGUGAGUUGUAAGGGGAGCGGGAUGGGGGUGGAGACAGGGGAGUCGCGGCGGCGGCGGGCGGCGGAGGGGGAGCCGGCGCUGGCUGCGGGAGCUGGAAGGGAGCGGUGCCCGCGGUGUGAGUCGCGGGACACGAAGUUUUGUUACUACAACAACUACAACAUGUCGCAGCCCCGGCACUUCUGCAAGUCCUGCCGACGCUACUGGACGCUCGGCGGCACGCUCCGCAAUGUUCCCAUCGGCGGCGCCUCCCGCAAGCGCCUCCGCCCUUCGCCGGCUCCCGCCGGCGCCCCCGAGUUCCGAGCCCUGCCUCCGCUGGCAUCGACUGAUGCGGUGGCAGCCUCCGACUCGCCAGCCGGCCGCGGUGGCCCUCUAUUCCCCGGCGGCGGCGCCGGGCUGCUCGGUAUGGAGGAGGCUUUCGUCCCCAGCCGCGCAGGGUUCGGGCUGGGGCUCGGGCUGGGGCUCGGUUGCGGCGCCGCCAGGGCAGCUGCGGAGGAGAUGGGGUUCGGUGGCCUGGGCCACCACGCCUUGCUUUGGUCCCACUCGCUGCUCGACGAGCCGGGAGACGCGUGGCGGGUAGGAAGCAGCGGAGCCGGCGGGAACUUGGCGUGGCCGGACCUCGCCAUAUCCGCUCCAUCCGACGGAGGCGGCGCUCCGGCGAGGGACUUCCACUAAUAGCUCGACAAUGGCAAUGGCAUUAGUUUGAGGGGGCUUCCUAGCUAGUUUUGACUUUGCUUGCGUAUCAGACGUCUCCUAUAAUUAUGUACUCUGUUGCUUUGGAAAACACUUGCUAAUUUCUAGUGACCUUCAAACUUUAUGCA